AUGGGUUGGAUCCCUUGUUCUGGGAAAUCGAGUGGGAGGACUAAAACAGGGAGGAACAGUGAAGAAAAGCUCAACAGGAAUUGCUCUGUCUCUACUUCAGAGAAAUCUAAGGCCAAAUCGUCAGUGAGUGAAUCCAAAAGCAGAGGGUCUGAUAACAUUGUGGCACAAACGUUUACAUUCUCGGAGUUAGCUACAGCCACUAGAAACUUCAGAAAAGAAUGCCUUAUAGGGGAAGGAGGAUUUGGUCGAGUUUACAAGGGAUACUUAGCCAAUACAAGCCAGACAGCAGCUAUCAAGCAACUUGAUCACAAUGGUUUACAAGGAAACAGAGAGUUCCUCGUUGAGGUUCUCAUGUUGAGUCUUCUUCACCACCCAAACCUUGUUAACUUAAUCGGAUAUUGUGCUGAUGGAGAUCAAAGGCUCCUGGUCUAUGAGUACAUGGCUCUAGGGUCUCUGGAAGAUCAUUUGCACGACAUAUCACCUGGUAAUCAGCCACUUGAUUGGAACACGAGGAUGAAAAUAGCUGCAGGUGCUGCAAAAGGGUUGGAGUAUCUGCAUGACAAGACCAUGCCUCCUGUGAUUUACCGGGACUUGAAAUGCUCCAAUAUCUUGCUCGGAGACGACUACUAUCCGAAGCUAUCUGACUUCGGUUUGGCUAAACUUGGCCCGGUGGGUGACAAGUCUCAUGUGUCCACUCGUGUUAUGGGCACAUACGGAUACUGCGCUCCAGAGUAUGCAAUGACAGGACAACUAACACUAAAAUCAGACGUGUAUAGCUAUGGGGUUGUUCUUUUGGAGAUUAUAACCGGUAGGAAAGCGAUAGACAGUUCAAGAUCCACUGGAGAGCAGAAUCUAGUCGCAUGGGCAAGGCCUCUGUUUAAAGACAGGAGGAAAUUCUGUCAAAUGGCUGAUCCAAUGCUUCAAGGUCAGUACCCUCCGCGAGGACUGUACCAAGCACUCGCUGUAGCGGCGAUGUGCGUGCAAGAGCAGCCGAAUCUAAGACCUCUCAUUGCUGAUGUUGUCACUGCGCUCACUUACCUCGCCUCUCAAAAGUUUGAUCCUUUGGCUCAGCCAGUCCAAGGCUCCCUUUUCGCUCCCGGGACUCCACCUAGAUCAAAGAGGCUUUGA